AUGGUGGGCGAGAACGGGCGACAGGUUCUUGUGUGCAUAAAUUGUAAAUUACGCAAGAAAAAGUGCGACAAGGUUCAGCCGCAAUGUGGUUAUUGCACCCGAAAGAAGCUGGCCUGUCGAUAUCAGUCGUCGACAGAUGCGCCCUUGAAUGUCGUGCAAAGACCUGAUCCGACUGCGUCAAGUCCUCUGAUCCAGUCAUCUCUUCUUCUUUCAUCGACUCUGUCCGAGGUCCUAGCGUCUGAGCCCAAGACUACUGAUUCUAUGGUGUAUCUUCAGGUCUUGCGGAUCAUCCGAGCAACGGGUCAAUAUGUGGAUGAUGUGACGGCACGGUAUUUCCGUGGGAUUCACAGUUUCGUCCUCGUCAUUUCCCGGCCUCGUUUCUACGAUCAGCUUAUCAAGUCGGAGGCUCCUCCCCCGGGCUUUUCGAUCCUCCUGCUGAGCAUGUGCCUGAUCACUGACCACGUUGAUCUGAGACCAAGAGACGCUGGUACUAUCGACCAAGAAACCCUGUACUUGGCGACAAAGACCCUUUUUGCCCACGUACAGGCUUCCUCUUCCCCGUCGUUGCACCUGAUUCAGGCUGGGAUCAUCGUUGCUUCAUACGAGUAUUCAAGCGAGAGGCUACAAGAAGCGUUCGCAACGGUCGCUGUAUGCGCCAGGCUGGGAUACGCUAUCGGACUCAACAAAGCAAAACCAGCUAGAGGAAUGGAUCAAUCCAGCUAUCAACAGGCAGAAGAAGAAGCGAAUACCUGGUGGGGGAUUCUCAUCACAGAGAGGACCGUUCUAUGUGAGCUGUCCGACUUCACGAUCCCGCUCUCAACCAGCAUGCCCAGUGCAGACGCCCAGCUCCCCUCCGAUCCCAGCACCACCGACCCUUUAGACGACGCAGGCGGGUUUGCGUGCGUCGCACAAGGAGCCUUGCUCUUGGACCAAGUCAUCAGUGCGUUCCAGAUUGCCGAUGCCGAUGCCCGGCUCAAUCGAUUGAACGGGCUCCACCACGCCCUGAGAACCGUUCUUGGAACGGUCUUGGAGCAGUCCAACCACGCCAUGGGGGCGUACUGUACGGCAAAUAGCCUCCUUAUCCGAACCAUGUACCUCCUGCACUGGCACAUCCUGCACCACGCGUCUCGGAUGACUACUUUCAAGUAUAAAUCACAAGAAGAAUGGUGUCGGAGCUCGAGUGCGGCUCUGGAUACGGCGACUAAGAUGGUCGAGGAUAUUGCGGUCAGCCAGAAUAUCUACUCGUUCCAUAUGAUGGAUGGGCUGCCUUCCAGUUGUCGGUACCUUCUCCGAGCGGCCAUAGAGCAUAUUGACCGGGAGUAUGCCGAUGCGGAUGCGGGGAUCUGGAACCGCGGGCAGAUUCAGACUUCACUGCAUAAGUUUGAUUAUCGCUGGGGAAGGUGA